AUGGGUAGAGCAUUGGUGACUAUCGACAACGUAUAUUCCAAUAAUUUGGGAACUUUCAAAAGAAUUAUUGAGGAGGUACUUCCUGUAAAAUAUUCCGAGGAGUACUUCCAAGAAGUAGUAGACAAGAAUGCCAAAGGCGUGUUUUAUUCAAGAUUAGCAUAUUAUGGGGAAAUUGCAGUUGGUGCUGUAAAAGCUAGAUUAAUUGCCAACAAAAACGGAGGAGUGUUACCAGCAGGUGUGUACAUUGAAGUUAUAGCAGUGCUUGAGGCUUACCGUGGCAAGACAGCAGGAAGUUUAUUAUUGAAGUAUAUAGAAGACAAAUGCAAAGAGAGCUUUCAGCAUGACUUGUACGUUCAUGUAAGCGUUGAUAACGAAUCUGCUAUACAAUGGUAUGAAAAGAACGGUUUUGUAAAGCAAGACGAUGUUCUGAAAAACUAUUAUAAAGAUACCAAAGGUUCACCAGAUGCAUUUGUAUAUAAAAAGGUUCUUUAG